AUGGCGUGCUGGCAGCCACCAGAAGCUGCAAGAGCCAAGACUGGUAAAGCUAAGCCAAAACGUGUGACAUUCACUCCAGAAGAAACCACUUCAACUGAAAGAAAGAAAACUAGUUUUCCUGAUGUUUCAAGAGAUCGAUCACAAACCCCUAUCAGUAUCCAAAAUCUCUCUCUUGAUCAUCAUGUACAAGAAAGAGUGACGACUAUUUCAAUACCAAGAAAACAUUUUAACAGGGUCUAUUGGCACAUUCCAGACACUGCUACUGGUUGCAUAUUUUUUCCAAGCUGUCAUUCAGCCUCAAGUCGAGUUUUUGGGAAAGAAACAAGCCAAACGGAAACUUCAAGAAAAUCAAAACGAGAAGUGUCAAAAAGAAAAAAUAUUUAUGUUGAUAACAUGUUCAAAGACAUUCUGAUUCUCUCCUCAGAGUUCUCCAGACCUGCAAGUGCACCUUCCCCAGUUAUUACUCUCAAACCCAAGGAAGUUCUCUCUGAGUAUCCACCUUUAUCAAAGAAGAAAACCUUUAUUUUUAAGCAGGCUCUGAUAGAUUUAAGUGAAACAGGGCCAAGCCCUCUACCAAGAAGUGUGCCUGUUAAAACAGAAAGACAGUGGUCUGAACGUUUAAAGCAAAAUACUGCGGUGGUACUAACUAUUAGUAAUUUUCCAGGUCCCAUCGCCCUACCAACACCAAUUUUGCCAAGAAAACCUCGAAGACAGUCUUUGUUAGAAACUCAAGUAACAGAAUCCGACAAUGUGGAAAGCACGUCGAGGCAAAGUGUGUCAAACCUGACAGAAGGUAUCGUUAACAUUAAACCUAUAAAAAGAGAGGAAUCACAUGUGAUACGGGGUGAAGGUUUUAAGACUAUUAAUGCAACACGAUAUGAAACAAUAAUAGCCAUGACCAACCUAGCCAUAAUUAACUGUCAAAUACAUGGAAGAAAUGCACUUAAUCUUAAGUUCCGGCGGCUGGGAAGUCCAGCAUUGAGGGGUCAGCUGACUCGCUUCCUGGUUCGAGGUCUCUUGCUCACAGCAGACUUCUUCCUGUAUCCUCACAUGGGUUUUUUUAUCAUGACUUGUCCAGACUUAACACCGUUGGCUUCCCAAUUGAUAUAUCUUAACUUAUCCUUUAAUGAGAUCAGUUCUUUUCCCACAGAAAUAUUUUGUCUUAAAAAUUUACAACUACUAUUCCUGAGAAAUAAUCCUAUCAAAGAAAUCCCUUCUGAAAUCCAACAGCUUAAGUUCCUUAGAGUUUUCAGCAUCGCCUUUAAUUUGAUCACUACCCUUCCACCUGGGUUAUUUUCUUUGGCCCAUCUUGAGGAACUUGAUAUCUCCUACAAUAGUGUUGCUUCUAUCCCAAACAAAAUCCAGAAACUCAGAUUACUUGAAAAUCUGAAUGUUAACGGGACCGAUCUGACUGCUUUUCCACCUGCGAUUUUGAAGCUUAACCUGAAAAAACUCCAGUUUGAGAACACUUUCACGCAUCCUACUUUUUGGAAAGAGAAUUCUUUAAAUAGCCCCCCGUGUCUGACUCAUCUUACCUCCUUGUUCUUCUUAAAAAGUAAUCUAGACAAAUAUUACGAUGAGAUCCCAGUGGAAAUUCAAGAGCUGCUAAAAUGCCCGUCUACAUGUGAAUGGUGUCACGGUCCCAAGUUUGGUGAAGGUUUUCGAGUCAUCCGAUCCUGUGAUAUUUUUGGAGCAACACAGCUUCCUGUUUUGUACCAUGUCUGUUCUUCCUCCUGCUACAGAAAAGUAAAGGAAAGCAGUUUUAUUUUAAAGAAUGAUCCCAGUAAAAGAAGAGCUCUAAAUUCUGAGUUGAUAAGUCAUACAAUGAUUUAG